CAUGGAAACAGUUGACUUGCUUGUCCCACGGCUACUAAGUAGUAGUUCAGGUCAUUUCUUGGUGUUGCUCUCGGGUUGACCAUGCUUCUCUAUUCUUCGUUCGGCCAACACCAUCAGCUCACCUACGGAUUGUGCCUAGUACACGAUCAGGCCAAUCUCCGCUCUCAAUUGCAUACGCAACCCCCGUGAUUACUUUCCCCUAACCACUCGCUGUAAACAAAAGGAGAAGAACAGACAAGCCAAGAAAUCCUACCAUGUUGUCCACCGCAGUACGAAGGGCCCAGCCCCUGAGCACCCGCGCUCGGAUGUUUGCCAUCAACGGUCGAGCACAGCGGUCGGCCCCAAUAUCCUCUCUGCUCGGCCUGAGCCCGAGCCCAAGACCGAGUCCGGCCCCGGCCACAGCUGGGACAUAUUCCCGCACUACGUUCUCUACAAAACCGCCUCUGCAGCCAAAGGGGAUCGACAAAGAUUUCGAGAAGGAGGUCGCACAAAAGAAGCUCGAGCCACGGCCGGAGGAGGUCACCACUCAAUCGAGCGUCCGCCAUGUCAUGGAGCAGAGCCAGGCGCCGCCGGAGCAGACUCCGGAUGUCAUGGUGGAUCUCAAAAACGAUCUGAACACAGUCAAAGAGACGUUUGCCUUGGGCAGCGUUCCCCGAGAGAACUACGCCCUCGGCCUUGCCGGUACCCUCCCUUAUCUUGCGACGUCGCUGUCAACAGUCUUCCUCUCAUGGAACCUGAACAUCGACUAUCCGACCAAGUCACUUCAUCUCAACAGCCUUCUCUUCGACCAUGACGCGGCCACCUACUGGCUCCAAGUGCUGGAGCCAAUCCAGGUCGGCUACGGCGCUGUCAUCGUCUCGUUUCUCGGCGCCAUACACUGGGGUCUUGAGUUGGCGGAGAAGCAGCCCGCGCGCGACCGGACACGGUUCCGGUACGCAAUCGGUGUGCUGGCGCCGGCCGUAGCCUGGCCAACCAUCUUCAUGCCCACGGUGUGGGCGUUGACGACGCAGUUUGGCGCGUUCGGCGCGCUGUACUUUGCAGACGCCCGCGCGACCGCGAAGGGCUGGGCGCCGCCGUGGUACCAGACGUACCGGUUCGUCUUGACCGCGGUUGUCGGCGUUGCCCUGAUGGUCAGCCUUCUCGGUCGUGCCAAGGUAGGUGAGGGCCACCCGCGCCUGUCAAAGGCCGACAUCGCGGAGCGGCUGAAGGGGAAUAUCAAGACUGAGGACUACCGGAAGUGGGCUAAAGAGGAGGAAAAGGAGAAGGAGAGGGUACGGGAGGAGAAGAAGAAGGAAGAGGAGAGGAGGAAGGAGGCGGAGAAGAAGGCCAAGGAGGAGGAGCAGAAGAACAAGGAGCAGAAGGGGGACCCGGAGAAGUCUGAGCAUAAAUCCGGCUCAGAGGACAAGGACAGCAGCAAGUCGGAUGACAAGCAGAAGGGUGGAGAGCAGCAGGAUGGGAAGCAGAAGGAAGGAGAGAAGAAGGAUGGAGGGAAGAAGGAUGGAGAGAAGAAGGAUGGAGAGCAGAAGGAUGGAGCGCAAAAGGAUGGAGCUCAGAAGGAUGGAGCGCAAAAGGAUGGAGCUCAGAAGGAUGGGGAGAAGUAAGGUAUAGUGUUGGGAAUACCCUUUUGUGUUAUUGCAGUUAAGCUUUCGGGGACCGCUGUCAUCGAUUGGGGCACUUUGCAGCAGAAGCAAUUCUAUUUGUCUUGUUAACGGUCUCCCAUAAUCUAUUGCGAUGAAUCUUCCAAACAACA